AGUAGCUGUUGGCGCUCGUGCCCCAGUCAGCCUACGCCCACUGGAUUUAUACCGCCCCCUCCUCUAUCCUCCGGUGCAUAGGACGGAGAGCGCGAAGGAGACGCGUCCGUGCGGAGUUGCCAUCGUUGGGGAAUAUUCGUUUAGAGGAAGUCUCCGAAUCUUUCUCGAACGACAAAAAUGGAUGAAAUGGAAGAGGAGUUAAAAUGCCCGGUGUGCGGCUCGUUUUUCCGCGAGCCGAUCAUACUGCCCUGCUCGCAUAAUAUCUGCCUGGCCUGCGCGAGAAACAUCCUUGUGCAGACGCCCGACGCCGAAUCCCCGCAGAGCAGCCGCGCGUCCGGCUCCGGCGUCUCCGAUUAUGAUUACUUGGACCUGGAUAAGAUGAGCCUGUACAGCGAGGCGGACAGCGGAUACGGCUCUUACGGCGGGUUCGUGAGCGCGCCGACCACCCCGUGCCAGAAGUCCCCUAACGGGGUGCGAGUUUUCCCCCCUACCGUGCCUCAUCCGACCCAGGCGCAACACCACCUGCUGCCUCACACCGGCGUCCUGCCGCCGGUCCCGCGGAACUCCUGCCUCACCUGCCCGCAGUGCCACCGCAGCUUGACUCUGGACGACCGGGGGCUCCGGGGCUUCCCCAAGAACCGCGUGCUCGAGGGAGUGGUGGACCGGUACCAGCAGAGUAAAGCGGCCGCGCUAAAGUGUCAGCUGUGCGAGAAGAGUCCCCGCGAGGCGACGGUCAUGUGCGAGCAGUGCGACGUGUUCUACUGCGACCCGUGCCGCCUCCGGUGCCACCCGCCUCGGGGUCCGCUGGCUAAACACCGGCUCGUGCCGCCGGCGCAAGGCAGAAUCAGCCGCCGCGCGAGCCCCCGGAAGAUCUCCACCUGCACCGAGCACGAGCUGGAGAACCUGAGUAUGUACUGCGUCCAGUGUAAGACCCCAGUGUGCUACCAGUGUCUGGAGGACGGCAAACACUCCACUCAUGAGGUCAAAGCGCUGGGGGCCAUGUGGAAGCUCCACAAGGGACAGCUCUCUCAAGCACUGAAUGUUCUGUCUGACCGGGCCACAGAGGCUAAAGAGUUCCUGGUUCAGCUCAGAAAUAUGGUACAACACAUACAGGAGAAUGGAGUUGAAUUCGAGGCAUGUUUGGUCGCCCAAUGUGAUGCUCUGAUCGAAGCUCUCAACCGCAGGAAAGCUCAGCUUCUCAGCAGAGUGACCAAAGAACAUGAACACAAACUCUCAGUGGUUCGUGAUCAGAUAUCUCACUGCACGGUGAAGUUGAGGCAGACCACAGGACUGAUGGAAUACUGUCUGGAGGUUAUCAAAGAGAACGACCCCAGUGGCUUCCUGCAGAUCUCUGAUGCUCUGAUAAGACGGGUCCAUAUGACGGAGAACCAGUGGGGGAGGGGCUCUCUGACCCCUCGCAUGAGCAGUGACUUUGACCUGACGCUGGACAGCGGACCCCUGCUGCAGACCAUACACCAGUUAGACUUCGUCCAGAUGAAGGUUCCAGCUGCUCCUAUUCUUCAGUUAGAGGAGUGCUGUACUCAAACCAACAGUGCGACUCUGUCCUGGAAGCAGCCGCCUCUCUCCACCAUCGCUGUGGAUGGCUACAUUUUAGAACUGGAUGAUGGGACUGGAGGCCAGUUCAGAGAAGUGUAUGUUGGUACAGAGAUGAUCUGCACUGUGGACGGUCUGCACUUCAACAGCACCUAUAAAUCCCGUGUCAAAGCGUUUAACUCCAGUGGAGUCGGCCAGUACAGCAAAACGCUUGUCAUGCAGACAUCAGAGAUGAGUCUGCCUUCAUAUGGUAGUAAAACUCUGGCAGCAGUUGCCUGGUUCACCUUUGACUCUGCAUCGGCCCACCCUGACAUUAUAUUGUCCAACGACAACCUCACGGUGACGUGUAACAGUUACGAUGAUCGUGUUGUCAUGGGCAAUACAGGGUUCUCUCGUGGUGUGCACUACUGGGAGAUGACCAUCGAUCGCUAUGACAACCACCCUGACCCUGCAUUUGGGAUCGCCCGGGCUGAUGUCAUGAAGGACGUUAUGCUGGGGAAGGAUGAUAAAGCCUGGGCCAUGUAUGUGGACAACAAUCGCUCCUGGUUCAUGCAUAACAACUCGCACACCAACCGGCGCUAUGGGGAAUGCCUCCAGCGUGACCGGUGUCUGAACCAUGUGUUAAAUCGCGACAAUAUCAUUGGCCGAAGACAGUCUGUGACAUCACUACCAGUGCGACCUACGGAUGGAGGAAUAAGUAAAGGGGCGACUGUGGGUGUGCUGCUGGAUUUCUCUCGUGGGAUUCUAUUGUUUUUGAUAAAUGAUGAGCAACAGGGACCCGUUGCCUUCAACACACUAGAGGGCAUGUACUACCCAGCUAUCAGCCUCAACCGCAAUGUUCAGGUGACUCUUCACUCUGGGCUGCCUAUUCCUGAUUUUUAUACACCCGGAGAGUCUGAAGCUGCAGGCUCAGUCUGCUGAAGAGUCCUCGACUGAUACACAUUCAUACACAGAUGCACAGACAAGUGCACAUGGAUUCAGCUGUGAGUACUUGGCAGGGGAUUUUCUGUUGACAGUCAUUAAUAUGUUUUAACAAGGUCUGAGAGAUCAGAAAUGUAAAUGGACUUGUUAGGGUCAACUCAACCCAAACUUAACCCUAACCUUAACUCUGACCCUGAUGUAUGUGAGGUAAAUUAUUGGAAUUCUUGAAUCAUUUUUCUCUCUUUCUUACUCUUUUUCUAGAUAUGAUUGUUAUUAUUAUUAUUAUUAUUAUUAUUAUUAUUAUUAUCAUUAUUGAUGUUGUCAUUGUUGUUUUUAUGGAAAAGGUGCUCAUUUAUGUGAACUCCAAGCUUACUGGAUCUCAACAGAGUGUUGUUUCAUGAUAAAAUCCUCUGUUUCAAGUUAAGCUUAGAAAUAAGUUACUGAUGUGUUAGACCUUAGAGGAUGAAUUUUACAUUAUAUAGAAACUUUCUGUUGCAUAUAAAGGGAAUUUUAACUGCAGAUGGGGACAUAAACGAGAGUACAAUAUCUUAUAUUACAGCCUCAUUGCGCAUAUUAUGCCUCAGUUAAUCUCAUAUAUAUAUUAAACCCUAUUCUGAAAUUCAGAAUAUAAACCCUAACCAAACCGAUCCCUAAACCUAAACUCAGAAUGAGAUAUUUAACCUUCUCUUCAUAUUCACUGUCGAUGAGCAUACAUUUGGGGUGUAUUAGAGAAGGCCAGAAUGAGCUGAAUGUGUGUCAGUGAGGAGGUAAUGGCUUUCUGUUUGUUGAACAGAAUAGAAAACACUAAUUGGGACACAAACACACAGGCAUUUCCACAUCCUUGCAUAAUGUAUUAUGGAGAGAUGAGAAUGAAUACACUUUUGUUUCUCUCUCUCUCUCUCUCCGUUUGAUUUAUCCUUUGCUGCCUCAAAUGUGCACAAGCUAAACGUGAAUGCUAAACAAAUAACCGGUGCUGCUUUUGUUCAAUGUGAUAAAAGAUUGCAAUAUAAAACAAUAGAGAAAUUUAAACAAGACAGCAUAUAGUUUAGCUGCUUGAAGCAUUGGCUAUAAGUUUACCAUAAAGGAUGUACAGUUGCAUUUUUAAAACAAAUAUUUAAAAUCCCACUGGUGGGGUUAAAAAUGGGGCAGGUGCUGUAGCCUACUUUAUCUGUUUGUUGAGCUCAACAAACAACUGAAUGUUUGGGUGCGUGACAGGAAAAUUUCACCCAUUGUAAAUUGUAUUUUUUAAUAAAUUAAUCCCAAUAUAAGAAAUGUAUUAUUAUUAUUAUUAUAUUAUUAUUAUUGUGUCUGAAUUGUUAUCUGUGUGCUCAAUAAACUGGAUUAGUGCAAU